AUGAACAGAGGACUGUCGUCAUGUGUCAGAGUGGCAUCGCUGUCAGCUGCAUCACAUGCCACUGCCAGAUCAGCGUCCAAACAGAUGAUCAAUCGUAACAUUAGCAAUAUAAUCAAUAGUAGCAACACCAAGAUUGCAUCCAUAAAUAUAUCAGUGACAUCGAUGCUGAAUCAAGCAUCGUCAUCGUCGUCUGCAUCAACGCCCCUAUUAUCAUCCACAAUGUCCAAGCCAUGCACUCAAUCAUCAUUCUCAUCACAACUACCCAACAGUAUAAAGAUCACAGCCAAGUUGGCCAAAUUCAAGAUUAGUAGUUUCUGGAUUGUCUCUGAUGGUAUUUAUUUGAAUGAUGAAUGCACUGCAUGCAUGUGUCGCUCGACAUAG